AGUUCAUUGCAGUUUUCAGCUGAGCUCUGGACACAAAACUCCAGCCAUGAAGGUAACAGCCAUCUUUCUUCUCAGUGCCUUGGCCCUGUUGAGUUUGUCUGGUAACGCUAAAGCUGAUGUCCCAGGAACAAAGGCUGUAUGUAACAGUAAUGUGAAUGGAUGCCCCAAGAACUAUGACCCCAUCUGUGGGACUGAUGGGCAUACUUAUUCUAAUGAAUGCAUGCUAUGUAUGGAAAAUAAGUGA